UGUAAUCCCUUGUUUUGAUAAUAUUAUUUAGAUACAUUGAAUUGAAUUUUAAUAUUUUUUGUACUUUUAUAAUACAAACAGGUCUUGAAGUUUUAUAUUUAGAUAUUGUUAGAAAAAUUUCGAUGUUAACUGAUGCUUAAUCUACAGAGUUGAUUUUGAUACUACACCGUAUCAUCAUGUGAUUGUUGGUAUUGAGAUAUUCAUCAUAUAUCUAAAAAAAUUUCAGCAAUUAUAUUUUUAAAAAUGAAGACAUUUUUUGAUUACAUGCAUUUAGCUGUUUUGACAGCAUUAAUUGCAUGCGUAUGUGGAACAAAACGUCAUAUAAACUGUGCCAUAUAUGAACUUCCUGAUUCAGGAAACAAAUCCUUAAGUGUUAUUCAUAUUAGAGCUGAUAGUUCUGAAGAUUCUGUACAUUACCUGUGGAGUUCAUUUAAUCUUCCUAGUGUGAUUGUAGCAAGGACAGCGACUAAUACUAAUGUCAGUGUAGAUAUUGAAAAAUUAAAGACUUUCCAAAGUGGUGCUAUCACUUUUAAUACAAGUCUUCUGGCAUUCAAAGGUUUAACCAUAUCUAAGUUUUGGCAAUUCUCAUACGAGAAGGAUACAGACGAAAUACCAGAUACAAGCAAAAUAGAAAGCCUGGAUCUUGUAGAUUUUCAAUGGAGCAAAGUGACUGCUAAAAAUCUUUCAUGUUCCGAUCGUGCUGCGUCUAUCAAACUGAAUGCAUUUAGUGAUGAUGAAAUAUUUUCUGAUAAAGGUUUAUUAGAAAUAGAGUUUUCUGUUACUGGGGAUGAAGAACUUGCUCCUGAAUUUCCACAUUUAAUUUUUACUGGCAAUUCUUCGCAAAUCAAAAUUGAAUUGGAUAAUUUAUAUUCAUCAAAUUCCUCAAGGAUUCGCUAUGGGUUUGAAAUGAAACUAUUUUCACCUUUGAGUCAAACUUGCUCUAAUUUAGAUUGCAAGGAGGUUGUUAAUACCUUAAUCAGUGAUGAAUUUUCUCCAGGCAUAUUUUCAGACAUUGAUAUUUUAUCACCAUGCUCCAAAGAGGAUAAUGAAAAGGGUUCUUUUCUUUCUUGGAAACCAGUAGCAUACACUAGCAAAGAACCAAGUACAGCCAAUUCGUCUGAUGCACAACUAACUUCCAAAUGCUCAUCUCUCCCUACUACUACAGUACAAAGUAUAGCAGAAUCAUUUUUUAAUGACCAAAAGAAUAUAGUGAUAAAUGCUUUCAAUAUUACUUUUGGAACAGUAGGAGACGGCUUUUACCCUAAAACUAAAUAUGUUGCAUGGUCUUUAAUGAUUGGAACUGGUGUUUCUGUUCACAGCAAACUGUCUCUUGCUGUUAUAUUAUUUAUGACUAUUGGAAUGUCAGCUCUUAUGUUGUUUUUUGUUGGAGGUGUUACCUAUUAUGUAAUUCGUUGGUGUCGUAAAAGGGGUGAUGAUGAUGAUGCAUUGUUAGGAGAUGAUUCAAUAAAUUAAUGUUAUAUAUUUAAAAUAACUUUUUAAAUAUAUAUUAAUUUUAAAACUAAAUUUAAAAUUAAUAUUAAAUAAUUAAUACAAAUUCUAUUUUCUGUAUUGCAGUAUUCUCUUUGUCCUAUUUUUGACUAUUUUCUUAUGUAUAAUCUUCAAUAGAGUGGCCAAUUGCAUAUAUAUAUUUAAGGUUUGUUUUAAAAUAUAUUAAAUUAAUAUGUUAAAAUGUUGAUUUAAAAUUACUUGCUAAUAAAUGUUUCUUAAAAAACUAUUGUAGAAAAAUAUAUAUAUUUGAUUUAAUGGAAGCAAGUAAUCUCGAUAUCAGUAUUCGUGUUAUUUUUCUUAUGUAGAGAAUCCAAAUUACUUAAAAAAAGUUAUUCAGUUAUUGCAUCAAAUUUUGCUUUCUGUUGAAUAGUUUUCCUUUAGUCAUUUUUUUUUUCAUGGAAUGAAUUAAAAAACUGUGAUAUUUAUACAUUUUUUUUAAAGAAUACAACUUUUAAUGAUGUAAAUAACACAAACAUUUUCUCCUGAGUAAAUUAAAUUUUCAAUCAUUGGUUUAAAUGCUGAUUAUGACAACUUAAAUUUUAUCUGUUAAAAGAUGUUUUUAAAGUUUGUUUUGAAGAAUUGUGGAAAAUUUUCUGACAAUAUAAAAGAUCAUUUUGUGUGAAUGAUACACAGAAUGAUCAUUCUUGUGUAAUUUGGUGCUUUCCAGUAUCAAAUAUUUACUUUAUUUUCCAACUUCCAAUACUUGAAUACAAUUAAAACUUUAAGAAAAUUUUUACUUACUUUGAAAAUACUCAGUAAAUUCCUAAGUACCAGUAUUUUAUAUUAAUGAACUAUUCUGUUAAAAUAACUUUUAAAUAUUCUCAAUCUAAGGAAGUUUACUUAUAAUAUAUGAAAGAUCUAUUUGGUAAGAAAACUGUUUUACUAGUAGUUUCUUAUAAAAAAAUUUACAUGAAAAAAGCUACAAAUCAUUGCUCAUUUUAUUUUUAAAAACAUAUCUCAAAAGGUUAUUUUGUGAAUUGACGUCUUUAUGUGUGUGUUCUAUUGUAAAAUUUAAUUUAUUGAACUGUCCAUGUUUGUUAAAUUUGUAAUAUAUGA